CGUUUGUUAGUGUAUGUCGUGGUGUCGUUUAUUGUUGUUGCGCUGUGUUGUUGUUACGCGCUGUGACUGACUUGUUCAAUGAUUUAGUAAAAAUAUUCAUAGCUCAUUCCAAAACUUGUUCUUGUGCCUGCUGUUGUUGUGCCUUGUGCAAAUACAAAAAAUAUAUAUAUAAAAUUAACGCGCUACAAUUUCUAUGUAUCUAUCAAAUAUUAUACAUAGUAUUUAUAAUGUGUAUUAGUAGUUAAAGAAAAAUUGUUGUAAACUGCAGUAGCAUCUAUCAAUCAUUCAAAGUCCAGCAAGCAGAGCGUCGGCGUGUCUUCUUCUUGCUGCUCGUGUGCAAUUCAAAUACUGCGCCACCUCCUUCUACUCUUUCUCCACCCACCAACAACAACACAUCAUCAAAAUAUCUCCCACCAAAAACAACUGCAACACAACCACCUGUAUCGAAAUUUAUCGAAAACGAAAAGGAAACAAAACAUUGACUUGUGCAUAUACAAUUUAGUUAUCAUUUAUCGAAAAUGGAAGUGUGGCGAUCGUUGACGAUUGGCGCAUUUCUAGUGCUGGGAUUCGUGUGCUUCUAUGGCGUGGUGGAAUCAUGCAAUGAAAUCGUUUGCGCCUCCAUCGUUUCCAAGUGCAUGUUAACGCAAAGCUGCAAAUGCGAGCUUAAAAAUUGCUCCUGCUGCAAAGAGUGCCUCAAGUGUCUGGGCAAAAAAUACUAUGAGGAGUGCUGUAGUUGUGUGGAGUUGUGUCCCAAGCCCAAUGAAACACGCAAUUCGCUGUCAAAGAAAUCGCACGUAGAAGAUUUUGAAGGCGUGCCCGAGCUCUUCAAUGUGCUGGCCUCUGAAGAUGACAGUGAUAGUGAUUAUUGGGAUGCGUUCACAUUUCAAGUGGAUUGGUCCAGGGGCAAGCCCACAUUGGAGAAGGAUGAAAAAUAUUAUCUUAAAUAUAACGAUAAGAACUUGGAAGAUGGCGGCGCCGAAGAGCGUGACAAUUUGCUGACAGUUAACUGCACAGUCAUAUAUUGGGAUCAUUGUGUGUCGAUGAAUAAAUGCCGUCAAAGCUGUCAAACUACAGGUGCUAGCAGCUACAGAUGGUUCCACGAUGGUUGCUGCGAAUGUGUAGGCUCUACGUGUAUUAACUAUGGAGUCAAUGAAAGUCGCUGUCGACGUUGUCCAGAAUCGAAAGAUUCCGACGAUGAUUUCGAUGAGAACAUCGAUGAAGAGAUGCAGGACUUUGGCGACAGUAUGGGUCCCUUCGACGGCUCAGUGAAUAGUAAUUAUUGAUUAAACAGCGAACAAAAUGCCAUUUAAAGAUAAAAAACCAACAAAAAAGAACAAUAACAAGAACAACAUUUAACAAAUUA